AUGGUCGCAGGCUUGGCCCUGCUUACGACUGCGGCUGCUGAGGAUCUAACGCAGCAUGUUGAUCCAUUCAUGGGCACCGAGGGUGGUGGCAACAACUUCCCCGGAGCAGCGAGGCCUUUUGGUAUGGUCAAGAUUGGCCCGGAUCUCUUCGAUUCGAAGUCAGACGCGUACUCGGGCUAUCUGCCCCAAGGAAACUUCUCUGGGUUCAGUCUGAUGCACGAGCAAGGUACCGGCGGAGCACCCAAGUACGGUACCGUCUCCCAGUUGCCCCUGAUUGGCGAUGUCAGUGACCCCUUGUCCAAUAUCACCGUGCCUCGCAGCGGGACGGACGAGGCUUCUGUGGGCUAUUAUAAAGCUACAACGGGAGAGGGGGUCACAGUAGAGCUCAGUGCGUCCUCUCGGGCUGGGAUUUUCCAAUAUACCUUCCCCAAUGCCUCUUCAAAUAAUGUGCUGGUGGAUGUUUCUCAUGUCUUGCCAUCUUUCCGUGGCCAGGGCCUCGGCCAGGGGUAUGAAGGUGGAAAUAUCACUGUUUUCGGCGACGGGCAUUAUGAAGGCGCUGGUGUGUAUAACAACGGAUGGAACGAGGCACCGGACUGGACUCUCUACUUUUGCGGUUAUUUCGAGUCGUCCGCGACUAGCAACAAAACCUAUACAGCGACUGGUUCUUCUAAGAGUACCGAGGACCCCAGCGGCGCUGCCUCGGCUUCGUCUGGUUCCACCCGUGUCGGUGCUGUCUUUGCAUUCAGUGAGAGCACUGUUGUCUCUCGUGUGGCAAAGACCUCCUUUUCAUCGGUUGUGAGCGACGCUGUCUCGGAAUGGAACACAAAGGUUCUAUCAAAGAUCACGACAGACAAUACGAAUGCCACCAGUUUGAGUCUCCUGUACUCAUCUCUUUACUUUAUGCAUUUAAUCCCAACCAACCAAACCGGAGAAAACCCCGGGUGGUCGUCAUCUGAACCAUACUAUCAAGACAUUUUCACCUUCUGGGAUCUUUUCCGCUGCGGCACCUCGUUGAUGCAGGUGCUCCAGCCUGCCUCAUACGAAGAACAGAUCCGGUCACUUAUCGACAUCUACCGACACGACGGCUAUCUGCCUGACGCCCGCUCAUCUAACUACAAUGGCCGCACCCAAGGGGGCUCCAAUGCCGACAACGUGCUCGCCGAUGCAUACGUCAAGGGCGUCCGCGGUGCCGUCAACUGGGACGACGGAUAUAAGGCCAUGGUCCAGGAUGCCGAAGUCACGCCACCAAAUGACCCCGUCGACCCGAUGGCACCAGACUCGUCGACUCACGACGGGCGUAGCGCGCUCCCCGACUGGAUCCAGUACGGCUACAUCACUCCUACGUUCAGCCGGGCGGCUAGUCGGGCAGUUGAAUAUGCCGCGAACGAUUUUGCCCUGUAUCAGGUUGCCUCGGGGCUAGGCAAAGACGACGAUGCGCAGAAGUAUCUCAAUCGCUCGCGUAACUGGCGGAAUCACUGGAACCCGGCCAAGACUUCGCUUGGGUUCUCGGGCUUCGUCGUGCCGCGCGAUACCUCGGGGUUUAUCGACUAUGAUGUUUUGAACGCUGGUGGCUACUGGACUGAUCCUUUCUAUGAGGGAAGCUCAUGGGGCUAUUCUUUUGCCGAUGUUCACGAUAUGAAGCAUAUGAUCGAGCUGAUGAAUGGCACUGAUACCGUGGUCAGCCGGUUGAACAUCAUGUUUGUGGAUGGGGCCAAGGGGUCUAGCGGGACUAUUUUCGAUCCAACCAACGAGCCGAUGUUCAACAUCCCUUAUCUGUACAACUACCUAGGCCGGCAAGACCUCUCUGUCGAGCGAUCCCGCCAAGUCGCCAAGGCCGAUUAUACCACUGGAGUGACCGGGCUGCCUGGAAACAGCGAUGCAGGGGCAAUGCAGACUUGGCUCCUCUGGAACAUGAUCGGUCUGUAUCCCAUUACGGGACAGACCACCUUUCUGAUUCAUUCGCCCUGGUUCUCGUCCAUGACCAUCGAUUUGGGCGAUUCCAAGACCUUGAAGAUCACAUCGACCGGUGGAGAUGGGAAUGGCGACAGUAACAUUCAGGUCCAAAGCCUCAAGGUCAACGGCAAGACGUGGACGAAGAGUUGGUUGACCUGGGACGAUGUAUUUGCGCAGGGUGGCACACUGGAAUUUGAGUUGGGACCGACCGCGAAAAAUUGGACCUCUGGCGAACUGCCUCCGAGUCCUGCGUCGUAG